CGGCUCCGACCUGUCGCCGUGCCUGCUGCACUGCGAUGCUCGCCUGCCGGACCCGGAGCUGGGGAGGGGGUGCGUCCCGCUUCUGGGGUCCCGGGGCGGGGGAGGGGAGUGGAGAUAAGGCCGAUGAUGUCAUGGAUGCUUCACCAGGCCUGGGGGGAGGUGGCGGCCGGAGGGGGUGCGGCCCGGAUUAUGUCACCUCUUCCCUCUGCGCCCCGCCCCCCGGGGCCACACGCGCUGGUAGGGAGCUAGGGAAGAUGCGAGAGGUAUUUCCUGCACCACAGAGACCCUUGGGCACCUCCUCAGGACAGCUUGUGGCCAGGGUCUCUAUCUACUGGCGCUGCGGGCCGUGGACUGCUGGUGAAUGGCGAACACCCCCACUCCCCUGCGCGAAAGCUCGUGUGUGCGCGCGUGUGUGUGCUGGGGUAGGGGGGGGCGCUGUCAGCCCCCUCAGUCCUUAAACACCAGCUUCACCAGAGCCAGGAUCUAGGAGAUGGCUCCCUUCCCCCGUUGACACCAAGAGAAGGUGGAUCUCCUCUCACACAUCCCAACCAAGAAGUUCUGAAGACCUCUGCACCCCCAAAAGCCCUAUAGUGCCCUCAGUCCCCUUUCUCCCUCAGCCCUUCUUCCGGGAAGCCCUUCCUGAUUUUCCUGUCCAGAUUCACUGCCUCUUCGCAUUGCUCAUAACGAGCAUUCCCACAGCAUUCUCUCUGCAUCUCCUCAAGGUCUAGGCCCAGAGAACCCCCCAGGACUCUGCCAUCUGUGCCCCCAGGGCACCCCCAGGCCAACUCGUGGGGAAGCCUCAGAGUGAAAUCUCCCUGGAGUAGCCUGAGCCAAGUGCUCCCAGGCCCCUGCUCUCCAGGGGCUAUUGGGGAAGCUCUCCUGGGAGGCAGCAUUUGGAUUGGUCCUUGAAGGAUGCAAGGUGGGCAUAGAGAACUGGGAAGAGAUUUUGUGUGGAGCGGAGAGGAGCUCAGGUCAGGAGAAACAGGAUGGGCAGCGGAAGAUGCCUUGGAGGCCCACUGCAAGAUCUGCUCUUGUUCUGGGGACUGAGAGGAAUGCCAGGCCUUUUACCCACAAUACAUUUACUUCUUAAAAUCCCUGUAAGGUAGGUGUGAGAACCCUUGGUGAAGUAACCUGCAUGCAUUCACCCCUAAUCAGUUCAGCUGGGAUUUGCACUUGAGCUGAUGCCUCCAGAGCUCGUGUCGACUGUUCUUGGUGCUGCUCAUGGAAGAAUCUGGGCAAAGCAGGGACAAGAUCAGCUUUGCCUUUUAGAAAGAGUCCCCUAGGAGCUGUGUGUGGGAGGGAGUGCAGGGGGGGGGGGAAAGGCCAGCGAGGACCCUCCAGUAAGGGUGCUGGCAAGAGGGGCUACUGUAAGCUUUAGGGGGCGAAUGGGCUGGUAUAGGGCCUCUGAGACCACAAGAGAAGGGUGGAGUGUUCUUAGCUUUGGGAGGGACACAAGGAAGGAGGGGUUGAGUGGUCACUGUGGGUUGGAGGGACCUGCCCAUGUAGAGCCCGGGUACAAUUCAUUUGACUGCUUUAUGACCAUCAGUACUCUGCAUAAUGUCCCAGGCACUGAAGGCUGAUGGUGCAGAGAGAGUGGCAGAGUUGGGCAACAGGCUGUCAUCUCAGGUUGUUGGGCUGAUGCCUUGAGGCUGCCUAUGCAGACCAUGCUCAGCCCCCUGGACCAGUUCAGGACCCCAGCCCAUAUAUGAAGCUCAAAUCUGCCCCCCGCACCCCGGGCUCAGUUUCUGCCUAUCAGGGUUCAAAUGCCCCCUUCGUCCUGCCAGCUCCCUGGUGGGGUUUUGAGAAAAGAAGCUGCAGUGGCCCAGACUCGAAGAAACAAGGGGCAGGGAACGCUUGCACAGGAUUGAUCAUGACCGGUUAGAAUUAUGGUAAGACAAUCUUUGGGGAAUGAGGCUCCAGGGAGAGCUGCUGUGGGUUGAUAGUCAGGGACUCCCCAGGUAGAGCAGGAGCCGGUCCCAGGAGACAUUCCUGGAAACACCUCAUUUCCAUCUAGGACUCUGGGCAUUGAGCUUGUCUGGGAACCACACACAUCCCAGGGCAACAGUGGCACAGAGUAGUGUAUGACCAGCUUCAACCUGUGGUCAGAUCCUCCUUUUUGUGGAUCAGAGAAGGUAGUACCGCAUGUUUGUACUGCACCCUACAUCUCAGAAAGCACCCUCCCAAACACUGUCCCCUGUCACUCUUGUGAUCAACAUGAUCACUUCUGAGGUUUGCUCUUGCCCACAUCCAGGCAUCUGGUGGAGCCCUCUUGCCUAGCUCAUCUCACUGUUGGCAUCUUCCUUCGGCAUAGCAACAUACUCAGGUUUCUAGAAUGCUUAAUUUAAAAUUAGAAAAAGCGCCUUUGGAUCCCAAAGACCUUAAGUUAUUGCCUUCUCAGGCCUCCUCCUUCACUAGGGAACUCUCCCAUCUUUCCCUCCAGACCCAACCACCCUUGUAGCCUGGCUUGGCCAUGCACCCCUUUUCUGAAGCCAUUCUCUUACAGUGAGGUUUCCACCUGCCAGAUCCAGGAUACACUCUCCAAUCCCAACUUUACCUGGCCCCUUUCUCACACUGGAAGCUGCUCCGACAUUCUGGAAGCCCCCCAGCUUGUUCUCCAGGGCCUGCCUUCUUCUGGCCUCCUUCUUGCAUCCAGGCUGCCUCCCAGGCUUCUGGGGCCCUGCCACCUUCCCUCCACGUGAGGCCCCGCCCAUACCACCCUCAAAUGCUAAUCACCGCAGUCUCUUUCCACCCACUGUGAGAGAGAUCUCUGUGUGGUCUUUCCCAAAGUACCGAUUUCCCCCAAACAUCUCACCCUGUUUUGUUAAGGGUGUCACACCCACCCUGGUGCCCCAGCUUGGAUUCCUCCCUUGCCCCCACCCCGAACCCCAUCUCUGUGAAGUUUUGUCAGUUCUUCCUCCCAGACCCCGCCCAGGCCUUGGCACUGGUUUCAAGCCUCAGGCCACUCAACCUUCAUCCUCCCAGUCCUCAGUUCCUCCAUACAUUGCACCCAAGGAUGCUGAGAAAGGGGUCAUGCUUAAGGGUGGGAAGGGGAUUUGGGGAUUGAGGAGUAACUGGGCUGGAGUGUGUGGGGAGCAGAGGCAGAGCAGGGUCUAGAGGGGGCCUGAGAGGCACUCACUCUCAGGGUCUUGCACUUGGUGACACUGCGCUGAAAUUCUGCACUAGGUUCCUCUCUUGCCUCAGCCUAGACUCAGCCGUGUAUGUGGGGAUAGACUGGCUCAUGGGAGGAAGGUGGUAGAAUGCUGUUCUCCACCCCUGGGGGGACAGAUGCCGAGAGAAUGGAAUUUUACAAAGGCAGUGGGGCCUGGCUUGGUGGUGAAGUUUCCAACCACUUAGGGCUGUAAUUCCAGGUGUGGUGGCCAAAAGACUCCUGAAGGACAAGAGUUUUGUCAGGUUCCCCAGGUCGGGGUCUAAUAGGAAGGACGCAGCACCAGAAUGGGCACCUGGGUAGAAGAUAGUCUGAGGGGCACUGGAGGGCCACGGAGUGCCGCCCGGACCCCUUCACCUUGGUAGAGAAGGAGGGCUCCUUGGGGUAAAGUGGAUUCGGUUCGAGGGCCUGCCUCCACGACUGGCACUGCCUGGUGCCUUGGCCCCGCCAGAUUAUGCAGAUCUCUAGGGCAGGUGUUCCCCCGUGUGGAUUUGAGACAAAGGAACCAGGAAGUGGGGCCUCUAUGAGCACAGGUAACCCGAGGCCCUGUCUGCAUGCCUGCGCUGCUCCCCCUGCUCUUGUGGGCUGGCCCUGGGGGAUGGGGGGAGCGCGCUCAAGGAAGGGCUCAGAGGACUUCACGGUUCAAGGUCCAAAGGGAACGGGGGGGGGGGCGGGGGGGGAAGGGGAUAAUCCAGGAAGUCUUCCCGGUGGCAGUGAAUUCUUAGAGCGGAUGGGAGGCGCGGAAUCCCCUGCGGGCGCAGCUGGGGACGGAAGCCCCGCCCAUCGCCCCGCCCACCUGUGGGAAACUGGGACUGAGAGGGAGGCACUGCCAGAGGCUGCAGCUGGUGACACCGCGUCCUCUGCCCCAGCCUCAGCCAGCCCCCGGGCUUCUGCAGAGAGGAGAAAACUGCAGUCCGGGAUGGCUCAGUCGCCCCGUCCAAAGUCGCCCAGCCGCUUCGGGCCGAGCCCCGACUGCGAGAGUGAGGCACAUGGCCCCUGCAGACCGGGCCUCGGAGGGUCCCAGGCUUGAGGACCCGUCGGCCCCCCACCCCCUUGGAAAGUGCCCCCCUGGCUUAGUCAUGGCGAAGCUGGAGACACUGCCUGUGCGCGCUGACCCAGGGCGGGAUCCUCUCCUGGCCUUUGCCCCUCGGCCCUCUGAGCUCGGACCCCCAGACCCUCGGCUGGCCAUGGGCAGUGUGGGCAGUGGGGUGGCCCACGCCCAGGAGUUUGCCAUGAAGAGCGUGGGCACCCGCACGGGGGGUGGGGGCAGCCAGGGCAGCUUCCCCGGCCCCCGAAGCAGCGGUGGCGGGGCCGGCAGGGAGAGGCCAGGCCGUUACCCCUCAGAAGACAAGGCUCUCGCCAACUCCCUCUACCUCAAUGGCGAGCUGCGGGGCAGCGAUCACACUGAUGUCUGCGGCAACGUGGUGGGCAGCAGCGGUGGCAGUAGCAGCAGCGGCAGCAGCGACAAGGCCCCACCACAGUAUCGCGAGCCCAGCCAUCCACCUAAGCUCUUGGCCACCUCUGGCAAGCUAGACCAGUGCUCAGAGCCGCUAGUUAGGCCUUCGGCCUUCAAGCCUGUUGUACCCAAGAACUUCCACUCCAUGCAGAACUUGUGUCCCCCGCAGACUAAUGGUACUCCCGAGGGACGACAGGGUCCUGGUGGUCUCAAGGGUGGACUGGACAAGUCUCGGACCAUGACCCCAGCGGGCGGGGGUGGGGGCGGCCUCUCCGACUCCGGCCGCAACUCACUCACAAGCCUGCCCACCUACAGCUCCAGCUACAGCCAGCACCUGGCGCCCCUCAGUGCCUCCACCAGCCACAUCAACCGCAUUGGCACUGCCACUUACGGCAGCGGCAGCAGCAGCGGCAGCGGUGGGGGUGGUUCGGGCUACCAGGACCUAGGAACCUCUGACAGUGGGCGGGCCUCCAGCAAGAGUGGGUCGUCCUCCUCCAUGGGGCGGCCAGGCCACCUGGGCUCGGGGGAGGGCGGAGGUGGAGGCCUGCCGUUCGCGGCGUGCUCACCACCCUCGCCCAGUGCUCUGAUCCAGGAGCUCGAGGAGCGGCUGUGGGAGAAGGAACAGGAGGUGGCAGCUCUGCGACGGAGCCUGGAGCAGAGCGAGGCGGCGGUGGCCCAGGUGCUGGAGGAACGGCAGAAGGCAUGGGAGCGUGAGCUGGCGGAGCUGCGGCAGGGUUGCAGCGGGAAGCUGCAGCAGGUGGCCCGCCGCGCCCAGCGCACCCAGCAGGGCCUCCAGCUGCAGGUGCUGCGGCUGCAGCAGGACAAGAAGCAGCUGCAGGAGGAGGCAGCCCGGCUGAUGCGGCAGCGGGAAGAGCUUGAGGACAAGGUGGCCGCCUGCCAGAAGGAGCAGGCUGACUUCCUGCCCCGGAUGGAGGAAACUAAGUGGGAGGUGUGCCAGAAGGCAGGGGAGAUCUCCCUCCUGAAGCAGCAGCUGAAGGACUCGCAGGCGGACGUGUCUCAGAAGCUGAGUGAGAUCGUGGGGCUGCGCUCGCAGCUGCGGGAGGGCCGGGCCUCGCUGCGAGAGAAGGAGGAGCAGCUGCUCAGCCUGAGGGACUCCUUCGGCAGCAAGCAGGCCAGCCUGGAGCUGAGUGAGGCGGAGCUGCCCGCGGCGUGCCUCAAGCCCGCCCUGACCCCGGUGGACCCUGCCGAGCCCCAGGAUGCCCUGGCCACGUGCGAGAGCGACGAGGCCAAGAUGCGCCGGCAGGCCGGGGUGGCCGCCGCCGCCUCGUUGGUUUCCUUGGACGGGGAGGUGGAUGCUGGCGGGGAGAGCGGGACGCGGGCCCUGCGGCGGGAGGUGGGGCGGCUGCAGGCCGAGCUGGCGGCGGAGCGGCGAGCCCGGGAGCGCCAGGGCGCCAGCUUCGCGGAGGAGCGCCGCGUGUGGCUGGAGGAGAAGGAGAAGGUCAUCGAGUACCAGAAGCAACUGCAGCUGAGUUACGUGGAGAUGUACCAGCGCAACCAGCAGCUGGAGCGGCGGUUGCGGGAGCGCGGGUCAGCCGGAGGGGCCAGCACACCCACCCCACAACACGGCGAGGAGAAGAAAGCCUGGACACCCUCCCGCCUCGAGCGCAUUGAGUCCACGGAAAUCUGAUCCCCUACCUGGGCAUGUGGCCUUUUGACAAGUGCCCUUGUCAAAGGCCAGAGUCCCCAGUGUCCCUUCCCUGCCAUGUCUCUUCCCCAUGUCUCCCAUGUCCCCAGACCAAAGAGGUUCUCAAAGCAGCUGGGACCAGGUCCCUCCCCUCACCCCACGGGGUGCACUUGGGGCUCUACCACUGGCCCUCUGGGCAGCCCCUUUGGACCCUCCUCCCAAGGCAUGUGUGGGAAUUGAGGGGCCCAGGCAGCCGGGGAGCCCCUUGCUCCCCGUCUUGGCGCUGUUUUGCUGGAGAUGGGAGGCGGCAGGCCUGUAGCGCCCUGAGGUGCCCCAGCCCCUGGGUAGGUCUGGGUGGCUACUGUUGGCCACCCCGGUGUCUGGUGGCGCUCUGUGUGGUCACCUCAGAGGUCAUGUAGCCUGAGGGGGUCUGCAUGGGGUCUGCCAAAACUGACAGACCUUGGGCUCCUGGCCUCUCUCCUUCCUGUCCUAUUAUCCCUCCCUGGGCAGAUUGACAGGACAAGUGGGAGCAGAUAGCCUGUAUGUGGUUGAGAGGGCUACCUGCCCAGCCCCUCCCCCCCAAGGUCUCUUGGGCUCAGGCCUUGGAGCCUGGCCUGGUCCUGAGUAUAUGUCCCUAUGUACGUAUCAGGGGCCAGCCAUAGGGAAGGCUGGGGGUGGAGACUCAGUGCCCAGGGAAGAUCUGCUCUCCUGUUCUUGGGAAGAGUCACCUGGAGGCUUCUUAGCUCUACCCCACCCUUCUGGCCAGGACCCCAUAGGGUGAUAGCCCCAUCUGCUUGGCUCACCCCACACGCAGGGCCACUGUCCGGCUCUAACUACAGCUAUUAAGUGCUACCUGCCUCUCAGGCACUCCCCUCACCCAGUUUCUGAGGUCAUAUGAGUGUCUGUGAUGUCUCCCUGUGUCUUUUCCCACUCGAUUCCCCCAGCCUCCCUCUGCUUUCACGCUAAGAACAUCAUUGUCCUAGGCCACCUCUUCCCCCAACCUCACCUUUUCUUCCAGUAGAAAAUUCUGCUUGAUCUUUGGUGCACUGCCCACUUCCAAGCUCCAAUGGGCCCAAGCCUGAGCCAGAGGCCUUUGUUUGGGGGGGCGAGGGAGGAUGGUUGUGAUUACCCUUGAAGGACAAGGCUACCCGAGAGGAAUACUGACGCCUGAGUUCCCAGGACCUCAAGGUAGCCCAGUGUUUGCCCAAGUUAGGCCUGGCAUGGCCAUCAGUGGGGGUUGGGACAGCACUGUCAUGUCCCUCCUCCUCUCAGCAUCCUGAGUUUAUCUUUCUAAGAUAGGAAGGGAAAGGCAAAUUUCUAAUUCACCAGCAAUAAAAAUUAGAGGAGGCUUGGCCCUCAGCCCUUGUAUUUCUCUUUUCACUCUCUUCCUCCCACCCUCAAGACUCGGUUUGGAGGGCAGGGUGGAGAGAGCUGGCAACUACUGUGAGCAAGUUCCCCAACCCCUGACCAGCCUCCUCCCAUGACUGGUGACUGUUUAAUGAGCUGUGCGUCCCCCACAAAAAACAAGAGUGCCCCUCUGUGUGGCCUCUAUCCCUCUGCACAGCCCCUUCCAGGUGACCCUCACCAGAUCUCUGAGCUGGAUGGGGGGGGAGCAUCUGGCAAUCACUGCCCAUUCCACUCACCCCUCACUGUACCUGCCCCAGAACCUGGGCCUGGGCCAGAGGGGCAGGGAGAAGAGAAGGCAUUAGUAGGAAAAAAAAAAAAAUAGAAAAAAAUAUGAACAGACUCAGCUUUGGGACUUCCAAACACAAAAGAAAUUAUAUAUAAAUAUAUAUAAAUAUAUAUCUCUACCAUAUGUGAUGGAAAGACUUCGUUUUCUUUUCCCAAAGAAAUAAAAUGGAGAAAGCCUCUUGAGUGGCA